GGUAUAAUAGAAUGCAGCAUAACAUUGCCUUCGAGACGAGCAGGUCACUGGAUCUGGAAAUGCAUGCCUCUUUCUUCGCUGUGAAGCAAGAGAACCCCGUCUCUGAACUUUAAACUCUGAUCUUUCGUCUGUUCUCUGCAGAUUCCUCAGAUCAGCUAUGCAUCCACCGCUCCGGAGCUGAGCGAUAACACCCGCUACGACUUUUUUUCCCGCGUCGUUCCCCCGGAUUCCUACCAAGCCCAGGCCAUGCUGGAUAUUGUUACGGCGAUGGGCUGGAACUACGUCUCCACACUGGCUUCAGAAGGAAACUACGGGGAAAGCGGCGUGGAAGCAUUCGUGCAGAUCUCCAGAGAGAUGGGUGGUGUGUGUAUCGCACAGUCUCUGAAGAUCCCUCGGGAGCCGAGGCCUGGGGAAUUCGACAAGAUCAUCCGCCGCCUCCUGGAGACCCCUAACGCCCGGGCCAUCAUCAUGUUCGCAAAUGAGGACGAUAUCAGACGAGUGCUGGAUGCUGCCAAGAGGAGCAACCAGACGGGUCACUUCCUGUGGGUGGGGUCUGACAGCUGGGGCUCCAAGAUCUCACCGGUCCUUCAUCAGGAGAGAGUAGCAGAAGGGGCCAUUACCAUCCUGCCCAAACGUGCCACGGUGGAGGCAUUCGAUCGCUACUUCCGGAGCCGCUCGCUGUCCAAUAACAGAAGGAACGUGUGGUUCGCUGAGUUCUGGGAGGAGAACUUUGGAUGCAAGCUGGGGAUGCAUGGAAAGCGGCCAGGAAGCCUUAAAAAGUGCACCGGUCUGGAGAAGGUGGGCCGUGACUCCAGUUACGAGCAGGAGGGGAAGGUGCAGUUUGUGAUGGAUGCGGUUUAUGCCAUGGCACACGCGCUUCACCGCAUGCACAGGGACUACUGCUUCGGAUACCCCGGCCUCUGCCCCCGCAUGAGCAAUAUCAACGGAAAGGAGCUCCUCGGAUACAUCCGGAGCGUUAAUUUCAAUGGAAGUGCAGGCACUCCUGUGGUCUUCAAUCAGAAUGGAGAUGCACCAGGACGAUAUGACAUCUUUCAGUAUCAGAUCACCAACAAAUCGACAGCUGAGUACAAAGUUAUCGGGCAGUGGGCAAACAAACUGCAUCUUAAUGUGGAUGGCAUGCGCUGGCGGACAAGUGACCCCACUCUUCCAGUCUCAGUGUGUAGUGUGCCGUGCCAGAUGGGAGAAAGGAAGAAGAUCGUGAAGGGUGUAUCUUGCUGCUGGCAUUGCGAGCGAUGCGAAGGCUACCACUUCCAAGCCAGCGAGUUCAGUUGCGAGUUGUGUCCGUAUGAGCAGCGCCCAGACCGCAAUCGCACCGGUUGCAUCCCAAUCCCGAUCAUCAAACUGGAAUGGCACUCUGCUUGGGCGGCCGUACCGGUGUUUGUUGCAGUUCUUGGCAUCCUUGCUACAAGUUUUGUGGUGGUCACUUUCAGCCGCUACAAUGACACACCAAUUGUACGUGCAUCCGGCCGAGAGAUGAGCUACGUGCUUCUGACGGGGAUCUUCUUGUGCUACGUCAUCACCUUCUUGAUGAUUGCUACGCCCUGUUUGGCCAUCUGCUCCUUCCGAAGGGUGUUCCUGGGUUUGGGCAUGUGUUUCAGCUACGCCGCUCUCCUAACCAAGACCAACCGCAUUCACCGAAUCUUCGAGCAAGGCAAGAAGUCAGUGGCCGCGCCACGCUUCAUCAGCCCUGCUUCCCAGCUGGUCAUCACCUUUAGCCUGAUCUCGGUGCAGCUGCUCGGUGUGUUUGUGUGGUUCGCCGUCGAUCCGCCACACACGGUGGUGGACUACGGUGAGCAGCGCACAUCAGACCCCGAGAAGGCUCGUGGGGUUCUUAAGUGUGACAUCUCAGACCUGUCGCUCAUCUGUUCGCUGGGCUACAGCAUCCUGCUGAUGGUAACAUGCACUGUUUAUGCCAUCAAGACCCGCGGCGUGCCAGAGACCUUCAACGAGGCCAAGCCAAUUGGAUUUACUAUGUACACUACCUGCAUCAUUUGGUUAGCAUUUAUACCUAUCUUCUUUGGCACUGCACAGUCGGCAGAAAGGAUGUACAUCCAGACCACCACCCUCACCAUCUCUCUCAGCCUCAGCGCGUCUGUGUCUCUGGGGAUGCUGUACAUGCCCAAAGUCUACAUCAUCAUCUUCCACCCGGAGCAGAACGUGCCCAAACGCAAGCGCAGCUUCAAAGCCAUCGUCACUGCCGCCACCAUGUCAGGGAAACUGGUACAGAAGGGAAGCGACCGGCCCAACGGGGAAGUGAAGACCGAGCUUUGUGAGAGCAUGGAGACCAACACAGCAUCUUCUACCAAGACGACAUACGUCAGCUACAGCAAUCAUGCCAUCUGAAGAGAAACACUCUCUGUGGGCGGAGCCGAGGGCGGGGCCCUGUCUGAAGCAGGGUGUCUGUCAUGUGACAUGCGCUGACAGGCAGAUGGACCUGGAAUGGGCAUCUGAGCAUGAGAUUUUUAUAUCGUUCUGCAUCAGUCUAAAACCUGCAGCAUCCUGAAACAUGAACGGGCUUAUGGGACCUUCCAGUGAGACUGCUAUCCUGCGUUCAAGAGCUACCGAUCCUGCCAUGAACACACACACACACUCACAAAACUGAAGGUGCAGGCUUGCAUUCAUACAGAAAAAAAAAUAACUUUCCACAAAUAAUUGUGUAAACAUUCUGCAGGUGGAGACGUUCAAGGUAAGCUUUGGAAAUGUGGAUGUAAAAAAAGAGAAAAUAUAUGAAAACUACCAGAGUCAAAUGUUUGUUGUUAUUGUAUUUUUGUGGUCGUGCAGAUUUUUUCAUUCUUGUCCCACUUUGUCAGAAACCUGCAUUCUGAGAUGACGUGUCUUGUAUUGGCUGACUGAAUUGUAACCGUGAGGUUGUGAAGCUGUAAAAUACCAUGGUUGAAGCAUGCUAGUUUUUAUACCAAAA